UUCCAGUCCAGGCAGGAGGUCCCCAGCAGUCCCCAGCACCACGGCUGCCUGACCCUGUCCCAGCCAUGGCCAACAUCCCUCACAAGUCCUCGCUGCCCGAGGGCAUCCGCCCUGGCACGGUGCUGAGAAUUCGUGGCUUGGUUCCUCCUGACGCCAGCAGGUUCCAUGUAAACCUGCUGUGUGGGGAGGAGCAGGGCUCCGAUGCCGCCCUGCAUUUCAACCCCCGGCUGGACACGUCGGAGGUGGUCUUCAACAGCAAGGAGCAAGGCUCCUGGGGCCGCGAGGAGCGCGGGCCUGGCGUUCCUUUCCAGCGCGGGCAGCCCUUCGAGGUGCUCAUCAUCGCGUCCGACGACGGCUUCAAGGCCGUGGUUGGGGACGCCCAGUACCACCACUUCCGCCACCGCCUGCCGCUGGCGCGCGUGCGCCUGGUGGAGGUGGGCGGGGACGUGCAGCUGGACUCCGUGAAGAUCUUCUGAGCAGGAGCCCAGGAGGGCCCGGGGCCGGUGGCAAAUAAAGCGUUAGUCCGCAGCG